CAAAGUCUCGGAUCGACACAGGGAAGACUCAGCUUAGCCUCUACCAGCGUCGACAGCGGCGCAGCUGACGGACAUGGAGGGCGACUACUCGCACUGUGACUUGUCGGAACCGGACUUCGAGGGUGAGCUGACCAAGCGCAGCGUGUGGCUUAAGGAGUGGCGUAAGCGCUACUUUGUACUCAAGGGCAACAAGCUCUACUUUUGUCGGGCUCAGGGCGAGCCUGCCCACGGGCUUAUCGACCUGGCAGACUGCCUGACGGUCAAAUCGGCCGAGGAGAAGACCAACAAACGCUUUUGCUUCGAAGUGGCCACGCCCGACUCGACUUUUUACAUGUACGCGGAGAACGAGAAGCAGAAGGACGAGUGGAUUGGCGCUAUCGGCCGCGCUAUCGUCAAGUUCUCCAGCUCCUUCACGGGCGACCAGGACGAUGAUGCGAACUAGCACACAGUAGGUAUCAGUACAAGACACGUGAAUUGCAUACAAAAACUGGAUGAAGGACAAAAAAAAGAAUUAUUUACAACUAUGUACGUGCAUAAUGGAAA